AGGGUGGUCCAAGGAGAGUCCAUCCUGACCGACUCUUAGCAGCAGAAGCAGCCAUAUACGAUAAGGAGAGAGAAACAUACACCUAAAAUAUUCUCUCCUCUCUCCUCAUCACCUCAGCUCACCUAGGUUUUCAUGGCUAAUUGCUUUCCUUCGUCUUAUUUUCAGCAAAAUAUGCAAGAAUAAGUAAAAACGUUUGCCUCCACUUUGCCUUGACCCAAAAACCUACACUCAAAUAGUGUUUUUAUCCAUUUCCACCCAAAUUCUUGCUUCCUCACACACAUAACAAAACUAGAAAUUUGAAAGAGAAUGAUGUCGAUUAACGACGAACUAUCUUCGGUGAAUCCACCUCCCCUGAGAGGGCUCAUUCAAGAGCAAUUCACCAUCAACCCCACCAAUCCAAACCCUAGCAAUAUCAAUCCCUCGAAACGGAAGCGAAACCUCCCCGGAACACCAGAUCCGGAUGCGGAAGUGAUAGCGAUGUCGCCCAAGUCUCUGAUGGCGACGAACAGAUUCGUGUGUGAGAUCUGCAACAAGGGUUUCCAGAGGGACCAGAACCUGCAGCUGCACCGGCGAGGGCACAACCUGCCGUGGAAGCUGAAGCAGCGGAACAAGGAGGAGGUGGUGAGGAAGAAGGUGUACAUCUGUCCCGAGAAGACAUGCGCGCACCACCACCCGUCCAGGGCUCUCGGAGAUCUCACCGGGAUCAAGAAGCACUACAGCAGGAAGCACGGCGAGAAGAAGUGGAAGUGCGACAAAUGCUCCAAGAAAUACGCAGUCAUGUCUGAUUGGAAAGCUCACAACAAGAUUUGUGGCACCAGAGAAUACAAGUGUGAUUGCGGAACCCUCUUUUCUAGAAAAGAUAGCUUCAUCACGCACAGAGCCUUCUGCGACGCGCUGGUGGAAGAGAGCGCGAGGUUCAGCAACAGGAACGGGCUAGUGAUGGAUGCUUUCCAGAACAAUAGUAACAAUAAUGUGGAUUUUUCUGGGGUUUUCGAGCCGGGGAGCCAGAUUAACCGGUUCCCCUUGUGGCUGGAGUCUGCAAAUUAUCCGAAUUCGUCUAACGAAAACACUUUCUUGAAUACUAAUGCGAGCAGAUUGCAAGAGGAAAUCAUCCACCAACAGCUGGACUCACAGAGCCAGUGGCUGAGCCGGGGGCAGGAGGAGGAAUCUUUCCUCGGAGGAGUGCUGAAAGAGGAAGACAACAAAUCAAGUUUGUCCCAAACUCCCUCCUCACUUUAUUACACUCACCAAGCAGCAGCAGCUCCCAUGUCCGCAACUGCAUUGCUGCACAAGGCGGCUCAGAUGGGCUCCACUAGAAGCGCGGCUGGGUUCGGCCUCAUGAGCCCUUCCUCCUUCUCGAGCUCGGCCCGUGGGAAAGAUGAUCAGGGAAGCAAGAAUCAGAGGGUGAUGGAAGGGGAGAGCAGCCUGACUCGGGAUUUUCUCGGGGUCGGAGGGAAGGAGUUGAAGUCCAAUUUCUUUGCUACGAUGGAGAUGGGCCAUUAUAACAGAAAUCACUGAGGUGAAAAAAGAAUGGUGGAUUCGAUUUUGAGGUGAAAAGUGAGAAGACAAAAAGCUUCCAAACAAGACAUGCAAAACAGAAUAGAUCGAUCUUGUGAACUGUCAGAAGAGAGGAGGGUCCUCUUCUUAUUUCAAAUUUGUGUUGCAUUUGUAGAAAGGUUAUUUUUUUUUUGUUUUGUUUUUAUUUCUGUUUUUUUAUUUUAGUGGAAUUUUAGGGUUUCAUUUCUUGGACCACGGAUGUUUGUAACGUUCUGUUAAAGGGAUUAUUCCAUGUGCCUUCAGAUUUAACAAA